AUGUUUCCCACUAAAUCUCCAGGUCUUGAUGGGAUGUCAACUUUGUUUUACCAGCGGUACUGGCAUGUAAUUGGAAAUGAUGUGGUGAGUUUUUGCCUAAAUGUGUUAAAUGGCGGGGCUAGUGUACGAGAGAUCAACCAUACUCUUAUUACUCUUAUCCCAAAGGUGGACAAUCCCACACGAGUUACUGAGUACCGGCCAAUAAGUCUAUGCUUGGUUCUCUAUAAAUUGAUAUCAAAAACACUGGUGAACAGAAUGAAGGGUAUUAUGCAGGAUGUCAUCUCAGAGUACCAAAGUGCCUUUGUUCCUUCUCGGUUGAUUACUGACAACAUUGUUGCGGCAUUCGAAAACAUUCACGCCAUCCAAAGAAGGGGGGAAGUGCUCUGA